GUCGGCAAACAUGGCCGCCACGGACUACAUCAGCCAGGCUGCGACUGCACUGGCAGCGUUGUUGCUCUUGUCCUUCGGCAGCUUGGCCGCUAGUCAGAUCGAGGAUCAAGCAGAACAAUUUUUUAGAAGUGGCCAUACAAACAACUGGGCUGUUUUGGUGUGUACAUCCCGUUUCUGGUUUAAUUAUCGACACGUUGCAAAUACUCUUUCUGUUUAUAGAAGUGUCAAGAGGCUAGGUAUUCCUGACAGUCAUAUUGUCCUAAUGCUUGCAGAUGAUAUGGCAUGCAAUCCUAGAAAUCCUAAACCAGCUACAGUGUUUAGUCACAAGAAUAUGGAAUUAAAUGUGUAUGGAGAUGAUGUGGAAGUGGAUUAUAGAAGCUAUGAGGUAACUGUGGAGAAUUUCUUACGGGUAUUAACUGGAAGGAUCCCACCUAGUACUCCUAGGUCAAAACGUCUUCUUUCUGAUGAUAGGAGCAAUAUUCUUAUUUAUAUGACAGGACAUGGUGGAAAUGGUUUCUUGAAAUUUCAAGAUUCUGAAGAAAUUACCAACAUAGAACUUGCAGAUGCUUUUGAACAAAUGUGGCAGAAAAGGCGUUACAAUGAGCUACUCUUUAUUAUUGAUACUUGUCAAGGAGCAUCCAUGUAUGAGCGAUUUUAUUCACCUAACAUAAUGGCUCUAGCUAGUAGCCAAGUGGGAGAAGAUUCCCUCUCGCAUCAACCUGAUCCUGCAAUUGGAGUCCAUCUUAUGGAUAGAUACACAUUUUAUGUCUUGGAAUUUUUGGAAGAAAUUAAUCCAGCUAGCCAAACUAAUAUGAAUGACCUUUUUCAGGUAUGUCCCAAAAGUCUGUGUGUGUCUACUCCUGGACAUCGCACUGAUCUUUUUCAGAGGAAUCCUAAAAAUGUCCUGAUAACUGAUUUCUUUGGAAGUGUACGGAAAGUGGAAAUUACAACAGAGACUAUUAGUUUGCAACAGGAUUCAGAAAUCAUGGAAAGCGGCUAUAAGGAGGACCAGAUGGAUGAAGAACUAAUGGAACCUCUGAAAUAUGCUGAUCAACUUCCUGUAGCUCAGAUAAUACACCAGAAACCAAAGCUGAAAGAUUGGCAUCCUCCUGGGGGCUUUAUUCUGGGAUUAUGGGCACUCAUUAUCAUGGUUUUCUUCAAAACUUACGGAAUCAAGCACAUGAAGUUCAUUUUUUAGAUUCCAUGAUGUAUGAAGAAGAAUGCCUGGAAGACUGUAACCUUGGAUACAAACUAAUGUCAUUAUGUAUUUUAAAAAAUACAUUGCUCUUGUGUGUUAUAAAAACAAAUGGGACAGAGAACAGAAUAUAGUGGUUGAUUCUUUUUGGUUAAUAGCAAUUUCCCCUUAUCCCCUUUUCAUGGAAAAGUAAAAAUUGUGAAAACAUUAAAUUCUCAUUAACAGAGGUAACUUCUGUUAGUAAU